CACCAGCCUUUCCCAUCGCUGCGUCAGAAAACGCAGAUGGUUGUUUAAUAUCUUUUAGUAAUAUUUAAAUGUUUUGAAGCAGAAAUGUCCAUGUCGAAGUACGAUCUUACGCCCAAGAUAGGCCCAUACUUGGACCGUCAUCUCGUGUUUCCCCAUCUCGAGUUUUUAUCCGCGAAAAAGAUAUACGACGAGAAUGAGUUGCUCAUAUCAAAGCAGGAAAUUCUUAGCAAAACCAACAUGAUUGAUUAUGCUAUUGACAUCAGGAAACUUUUGUACAAAGAUGAUGAAGUUAUGGAGAGCUUGAAGUCUAGACGUGCUCAUGUUGUAGCUCAGCUGCACGAACUGCAGAUGGAAGUGGAGCCCAUUCUUAAAAUCAUGGGUAACGAUGAUGUUAUGAAGAACAUGGAAAACAUGAGGGAUUCUAAGGCUUUAAUCAACUUCUUGUCUAAAGAUUAUGAUUUUGACAUUGAGAAGAUGGACAGUUUGUACAAGUUGGCCAAAUACAGGUACGAGUGUGGUAACUAUUCGAUCGCCACGUCGUAUUUGUACUUCUGCAUGUUAGUGCUUCCUCAAAAUGACAAAAACUACCUUAGCGUAUUGUGGGGUAAACUGGCCUCCGAGAUCCUGGUGCAAAACUGGGAAUCCGCUCUGGAGGACUUGAACAGGCUGAGGGAGUACAUCGACUCAAGCCCGAACCAGUUCGGCGGGAACAACUUGCAUUUGCUUCAACAGCGCACCUGGUUGAUUCACUGGUCUCUGUUCGUGUUCUUCAACCACGCCAUGGGUCGUGAGUUGAUCAUCGAUAUGUUCUUGUACAAGCCGCUUUACUUGAACGCCAUUCAAACGAUGUGCCCGCACAUCUUAAGGUACUUGGCGACAGCCGUCAUCAUCAACAGGGGCAGGAGGUCCGCUCUGAAGGAUCUCAUCAAGGUCAUCCAACAGGAAAGCUACACUUACCGCGAUCCCAUCAUCGAGUUCUUGGAGCAUCUGUACGUGAACUUCGAUUUUGACGGAGCUCGUCAGAAAUUGCACGAGUGCCAGACCGUUCUCUCCAACGACUUCUUCUUGAUCUCCUGCUUGGAGGAGUUCGUAGAGAACGCUCGUCUCAUGAUCUUCGAAACCUUCUGCCGCAUCCACCAGUGCAUCAGCAUUGGUAUGUUGGCCGAGAAGCUGAACAUGAAUCCUGACGAAGCUGAAUGCUGGAUCGUCAACUUGAUCAGGAACGCUAGGCUUGACGCCAAGAUUGACUCGAAGCUCGGACACGUCGUCAUGGGUGCACAACCGUUGUCUCCUUACCAACAGCUCAUCGAGAAGAUUGAUUCGUUAUCUGUACGUUCGGAGACCCUCAGCGGUCUCAUCGAUAGGAAAAUUAAGGCAAGAACUGACAUUCGUUGGGGAAACCAAGAGUUUUAGCGGUUAAGUAAAAGUUGCAAUUUUCUACAGCUGAGUGAAAUUGUAUAUAAACUAAUAAACAAAAGUUUCUAUAA